UUUGCAAGGGCACUGCCCCUUUAAGGAGAAAUCGCAGUGGCUUGACGUCAGAUCAGGGGAUUGGGAAAAAAAGGUGUUUGAGAGUCUCUUGCUGUACAGUCUUUCUGGAGCAAAGUGCUGUGUUUGUUAAGGUUUGAGAUAACCGUCCCAAGUGAAAAUGACUCUAGAAGGAGGAAUGAAGUGCGUCAAGUACUUGAUGUUCAUAUUUAACUUCUUGUUUUGGAUCUCAGGCAUUGCACUCAUUGUGAUUGGUAUUCUGGUCCAGACCAAGCUGAAUGGCACGCUGCACAUCACCAGUGUCGCUGCCUCUGGAGCUCCCAUUGUCAUCAUUGUGGUUGGAGUGAUCAUCAACUUCGUUGCCUUCUUUGGUUGCUGUGGUGCCUGGAAUGAGAAUUACUGCAUGAUAACCACGUUUGCAGUUCUUCUCGUCCUCAUCUUUCUUGUGGAAAUUGCUGCUGCCAUUGCUGGUUACGUUUUCAAGGACCAAAUUCGAGAUGCCUUUGAGAAGUCGUUUAAUGAAACCAUGGCGAAUUACAACCAGUCGGCCCCUAAUGCCAACAUUGACAAAUUGCAGGAACAGUUUGACUGCUGUGGUAGUGCCAGCUAUCGUGACUGGUUCCCGCAAUUGAACAACAACGUGCCAGAUUCUUGUUGUAAGCAUGUUUCUCCAGGGUGUGGCAAGAAUACUAGUUCUACUAACAUAUACCACCGGGGUUGUGUGCAGCUUAUUAAUGAUUGGCUUAAAAACAACAUUGUGAUCGUGGCAGGUGUGGCUCUUGGGAUUGCCUUAUUCCAGCUCAUUGGAAUCAUCUUUGCAUGUGUGCUGAUGAAGGGCAUUAAGAGUGGCUAUGAAGUAAUGUAGUCUUCAUCUCAACCACCAAUGUUCAUUGGAUACUUUUUGUUUGUAUUGUUUUUUGCCACAACGGUGAACGUUGAUCACAAUGAAUAUUCUUUUGUUAAAAGAAAAUGAAUGUCUGUGCCUUUCUCCUUCAUUACUUUUGACAUUUUAAACAUGAGCACUAAAAUGUAACCAAGGUGACCCAGCAAAUGCCACUCAUUUUCUACCCCCUACCCUAAGCUUGUCUCUGAAAAGACUGCAAAUGUCUGGUAUGGUCAAAAGGAUUUUUUUCCAUAAAAGAGAUCGUUAUGUGCAGAGGGUGUUUUAGUUUGUUGGGAGUUAGUCAAACUGGACUGGGAGUCAUGAUUUGCGAUGGAGUUUCUCCCACAUUUCAAGGGGAACUUUCUGAUUAAAUGGUUGCCAGCAUGUUUUCUGUUGCUCACCAGCCUCUGCAAUCAUCAGGCAACACUCCACUAACGUGUUUGGUCAAGAGGCCACAGCUCUUUAAGCAGCACUGUCUGCAAAUUGUGCUGUUUGCCUUCCCUAGAUAGUGUGCAUUUCACCCUUCUAUUAAGGGGGGUGGAGUUCUUAAAAGGUUUUGUUCUAAAGAAGGUGUUAAUGGUUUGUAAUACCACUCCCUGUCCACUUAACCUUGCAAUUUUAAGCAACUAGAUGACUCCCAGUAGAGAGGGUGCAGAUCACUGGGAGUGAUUUCCUUUCCCGAGCCAAGAUGAUCGAGAAUUCUGCUUCCAUUUGUGAUGUGCUCUUGACCCAGUUAUUGAACUGUGCCUCAACUCAUUGGAGAUGGUUUACAGUUCCACUUGAUCAAAGUUCUCUUCAGGGAAAACUAGUUGAGUGUCCUGUUUGUACAUUUCCAAAACUCAUGUUGGUUUUAAAAUUUCUACAUCAGAUACCUUUUUUUGUAUAUUGGACCCUUUUGCCUUGUUAUCUGGGUAGCUAGCCAUUUUUGGCCAAGUACAUCUCUAAUAUCCAGGGUGCAGAACCCUGGUACUAAUGUCUCUCUUCUUGUGCUGUUCCCCCUUCCCUAUUUUGUCCCCCCCCCCCCCCCCCAAACUUGCAGCAAACAGCCUGGUAGGAUGAAGGCCAUGGUAACUUUUUUUCCAUCUUGAUCAAAGGCUUCUGCCUGCAGUCUUUUCGGCCUCCAGGGUGAAAGAUUUGCUCUGGGUUUUGGAACAUUGGUUUGUCAUCUAAUAGCUUGUGGAAUGGGAGUGUGGGAGCUCUCCUGCAGAUCAAUCUGUACACCUGCUGAUGGGCAGGCCUUCAACACCUUGUUCCACUUUCAUCUCCCACCCCUGAACUUCAGCCUAUGACUUCACUCAAUUGAAUUUUUGUCAAAGGUGAUUUUGGAAGGCAGGCAAAGACGUUUAUUAAAAUGCUUUUUUUUGGACCAGACUUUAGUUGGGCUGCUGCAAUAGGGUGUUUGCUGUCUCCACAGCGUGUGGAGGACAUGUCUUUAUAUAUUUAGGGGGAAUAAUGGGGCCUGCCACAUCACUUCCUGAAGCUUGAGUGUGGAAUGCCAAUUGUGCAUUUGUCACUAUGCCUUGCCCUGCCACACCACAGCACUACCUGACUUGGCCAAGCUGGUGCAUUCAGUUGGUGUCAGUAGCUGCUUCUCUUCAAAUCAGAUCUUGAAAGCUUUUGAGAAACUGCACCCAACACCACACCCUUUGCAUUCUGUUUGUACUGCAGUUAUUUGGGAAGGAAUAGGAGCCCUUGUACAUUGAGCAGGGGUGGAGAAGGGUGCAGUUUGUUUCCUAACCCCACCUCCCCCAAAAAACAUUUUUAAACAAAAAAGCCCUGUCCUUUUUUUUAAAAAGAAAAGGCCAUUCCAAUUUCAUCGCUGCUCCCCCCCCACCCACCCACAGAAAUAUGGGUGAAGCCUAUCCAAGGGGUAGUCUCUUCCCACCCCCUCCCCAAACCCAGAACUAUGCCUGCAAGCAACAACUGCUCCAGCUUUCUGACCAAUCUUAGAGAAGAGGGUUGGGGGAUCCUUUGAUAGAAUUCUAAAUUUGAUGUAUUUCUUUUCCAGUCUGUCAGCAUGGGAAUGUGACCGCAUGCUAUUUUCAAUAUGGCUCCUUGUAUAUUCAAGUGUCAAGAGAUUUUGAUGUUCUGUAUGUGGCAAAAUAAACAUUUUCUAGGUUGUAUGCCA